AUGGAAUUAAGAAAUAUUCAAUGGAUAAUACGUAUUCAAAUUAGAUGCAAACAACCCGAUAAAAGUAUUUUAAUUACCAAUUCACGCAGAGCUUCGGUCCGGAACCUUUUUCCUGUUCCGGAACAGGAAACGGACCUUAAGGGGACCAUGAACUUGUUCCGGAACAAAAACGGACCGUUCCGCAAACGAUAA